AUGGAUGUGGCUUAUGCGUUGCAGGGGCAUUAUAACGGUGUUUACUCGUCUUGUCGUGUGGUGCGAUCCUUACGUCUGUUGCGUAUCUUAUUGCCUCGUGUGCUGGUGUUUACUGGUAUGUCUCCCGACGCGUUCGUCGAACAUCUUAACACUGUAAUCAGCGCUGACAAAUUACGGGGCUCGUACCCGGUCGAAAAUGACAUGAAAAAGUAUGACAAGUCUCAAGAUGCCGCUGUUUUGCAGUUCGAGUGCUCAAUAAUGCGACGUCUUGGUGUCGCCGAACAUCUUAUAGAGCUAUGGUACAACUCGCACGAGACGAAACCGACACGGCCUUACGGCUAG